GCAUAAUUGUUUAUUGGUCGUCCUUCCACACAUUGUGAAAUUUGUUUAGUGUUUUUUUAUGCUUUUAUAAACAGGCUUUUAUUAAACAAUACAUUUUGAAACGUUAUACAGAAUGAGUACACUCCCUUCUUCCCCUGGUUUCAAGCAGUACAGCAAAAUUCAUUUUGGCAACACUGUAUAUCAUGAGAAUGAUGUCAUACUUUUUACUGAUUUGGAUGGUCUAGAAGUAGGAAUUAUUAAUUAUAUAUAUGACUCAAAUGACGAAAAUUUACUCAAUAUAAGAAAAUAUGUAUUUGCUAGAAAAUUAAAUAAGGUCUUUAAGAAACAGGGAUUAGAAUAUGAUAAAAAGAAUGAGGUUGUUCAAGAUUUAACCCAGUGUUAUGACAUAUCAAUAAAACAAAUUAUAAAAAAGUGCACAAUAGCUUUUCUUUGCCCGGAUGACAAUGUAUUUUAUAUUGAAAAAAAUCAGUUUGAUACAACAGAAUGUUUUUCUUGUCGUUUUUCUAUAAAAGGAAAUCAACUCUUUCCUCUUGUUAAUGAAUCAAAUACUUCUUUAUCUGAUAAUACAUUAAUCACUCCAACAACAAAGAUAUUAAGUACGAAGAAUAAUACACCUCACCAAACAAUGGCAGUAAAUAAUAAUAUCGAAGUCUGUUUUGACAAUGAAUACUAUUCUCCUACACAACGCAACCUAGUGAAAAGAAAUUUAAACAAAUCUUUUGGAAAUUCGCCAUCAUCAAAAAAUAAUUCAAUACUAAAUUAUUCUAUAGAAUCAUUAUCAGACGACGAUAACGAUAAUGAACGGUUGGUUCUCAAACUUAAACUUUCCAAGAAUGCCAAGAAUGCUCGAAGUCCAACAAAAAGAAAUGCUAUUCCAACUGAAAAUACUGUUUCUAGUCCGCCCAAGAUUAGAAAAUCUGGAAGAAGUAUUGCUAGGAAAUCAUAUGCUGAUUAUCUGUCCCCAGUCAAAAUUACGAAGUGUUCUGGGUUGGCCAAAUCAUCAGAUGAUGAAGACUAUGAACCUACGAAAUUCACUCCAAAACGCACACCAAUUGUGAACAAAGAGAAACAAACGAGUAUAACUUCUUCCAAAAGGAAAGUCAAACCUCCGCAACGUUAUGCAGAAGAAAAUAAUUCUAUAUAUCAAAGAACACCUAGAGGUACACCAGCUAGAAAGAGUUUGAGGUUGUCAAUAGCAGAAUCAAACAAUUCUCCAACUAGAAGUUCACGGAGAAAGACGUUGUAUUCUUCAAGCGAAGAUGAUAAUUUAGGUGUCAUUGGCGCUUUAGAAAGUGAGAAUUUAAAUAGCUCUUUAAGGACAAACCUAUUCAAAAAUUCAUUGGCGAAUGUACCAAGAGACGAAAAUAAUAAAAAUGUAAUAAAUAUUGUAGAAUCAAGUGAUUCAGAAAGCGACGACAAUGAGAAUAAUACGAAAGACUUAAAUAAAUCGUUUACAAAUACUUUGCGAGUAAAUUUAAACAAGUUAAAUCUAAGCAAUGAAGACAAUAUUAGCGGAAGCCAAGAUGCCAGCGAUGAGAUCAGGAAAGACUUACGCAAUAAGUCGGUUACCAAUGUUUUGCGAGUGCAUUUAAAGAAGUUAAAUGUCAGCAAUGAAGACAAUAAUUGUGUUAGCCAAAAUGCCAGUGAUGAGGCCAGCACUCCUAAAAAAGUGUCCACAAGAAAAGUAUCCACUCCAAAAUCCACGAGGAAUGCUGUAAGAACUCCUCGAUCUGUAAAAACUUCAAAAGCGGUUAGUAAGAGUCCAGAAAAAACUCCCAGAGCCACUCCGAGGACUCCUAAAAAUAGGGCCAAACUUAUCAGGGAAGGGAUCGUCACUCCAUCGAUGCAAGAGAGAAGUAAAAAAAUAAAAGGCGAUUCUACACCAUUAAUGAAGGCGAGGAGCCAGUUACACGUUUCUUAUGUACCUGAAUCAUUGCCAUGUCGAGAGAAGGAAUAUUGUGAUAUUUACAAUUUUGUAGAAGGAAAAUUGAUAGAUGGUUGUGGAGGGUGUAUGUAUAUCUCUGGAGUACCUGGUACUGGUAAAACGGCGACUGUAACCUCGGUAAUGCGACAACUAGAAUCUAAUAAAGAUGUUCCCAAAUUUACAUUUAUCAACGUUAAUGGAAUGCGUCUGACAGAACCCAGGCAAGCUUAUGUUGAGAUUUUGAAGCAACUUACAGGAAAAACAGUUUCAUGGGAACAAGCUCAAAAUAGUUUAGAGGAAAUAUUUGUUAAGUCUAAAAAGAAGGAACCUAUAGUUAUGUUAAUAGAUGAGUUGGACAUUUUAUGCACUAAACGCCAAGACGUGGUAUACAAUCUCCUAGACUGGCCUACCAAAGCUAAAAAUCAAUUAGUUGUGAUUUCAAUAGCCAACACAAUGGACUUACCCGAAAGGUUAUUGAUGAAUAGAGUGACUAGUCGCCUAGGAUUGACUAGACUAACAUUCCAAGCGUAUACUUUUAAACAACUGCAAGAAAUAGUCACUAAAAGAUUAUUUGGAACUGAUAGUUUUAAUCCAGACGCUGUACAAUUUGUUGCAAGAAAAGUUGCAUCAGUAUCCGGUGACGCUCGUAGAGCAUUAGAUAUUUGUAGAAGAGCUGCAGAGAUUGCUGAAUCUGAAGGAAAAUCGCAGUUAGUAACAAUGACACAUGUAAACGAAGCACUAAAUGCCAUGAUUACGCAACCGAAAGUAUUAGCCAUAAAACAUUGUUCAAAGUUGGAGCAGCUCAUUAUGCAGUCUAUAGUAGCCGAGGUGGAGAGGACUGGUGUUGAAGAAACAACUUUCUGUGAUGUAUAUAAAAUGUUGGUGACUUGCUCAGCUAUUGAAGGAUUUAAAAUGGUGUCGUCUACAAUCGCCCAAAGAGCUGUUUGCAGAUUAAGUGCGUCUAGGUUAAUUUUAGCUGAUCAAAAAUGUAAUAAUAUUCACCAAAAAAUUAUUCUUAAUGUUAGCAUUGACGACGUGUAUUACGCACUACAGAAAAAUAACGGAUAAACAUUUAGUUUUAUAUUAAUGUUUAAAUUUAUAUUUAUACUCAGGAUUUCAAAUAUUUAGGUAGUAAGUUUUACUGAAUCAGAAAUGUUUCUUUAAAUUUUAUGACACUCUUGUUACUUCCAUGAUUUGAAAAUAUGCGAAAUAUUUUGAAGUGAGUUUGUUCUGACGUCAUCGAAUUAUUGUUAAAAAAUUUGAUAUAUUUUGUUUACAACUGUUGAUAGAUUUGACUGCUUCUUGACAAACAUUGAUUGAUGUAUGUUUUAAUUAAAAUUUAAGUAAGUUACAGUUUUUUAAGUUUUCACAAAUAUACAGAGUGGCCCAAAAGUCUGGAAACGGCUAAUUAUCUCGUAAAAUGCUAAUCAUAAUUGUACAAAAUUUGAGGUACACCUAUUUUGGGAUACGGAAAUUCCAUAUUUGAUAUUUACAAUUUUGCCAGAUUUGCCGUUUUUCUUAUAUUAUCAGUAACUUUGGCUUUUCAAAUACAUCACCCUGUAUAUUAUUGGAAUCUCCUAUUCAAUAUGAUUCAACCAUAUGUAACACUUAUGAUUUUAUGUAAUCUGGAAGGUCAUAAAUACAUAAAACCGCAAGUCUGGCAACGCCUAAAUUAUUUCAAUAAAUUUUUUAAUACUAACUAUUUUCUAAUACAUUAAAACGUAACAAUUGAUAGUUUAGAGCAUUUUUUAACAUAGUAGUUACGUUAUUAAGUGUUCAAAAUGUGCUCAAUUUGUGAUAUUUCAACAAGGAUAUUUCCUGCGUGUUUGAACUGCUCUGCAGAAAUGCCGUCGACUCAUGAAGGCCUUACCCAUUCCUUACUUACAGUCUUGAAGGAGGUCCUAUUAGGGUAUCCUUAUUAAAUCUUUGAGACGAUAAAACGUAUUAUUCAACUUUUCUGCAGUGAACUUCCUUUGUUUGCCCUGUUCAUUUAAUAAUUGGAGUUCUUUCAUAAUCUCUGUCUCAACAAUUCGCAUUUUCCUUCAAUGUACGUGUUACACACAGCCGUUGUGUGGUGUAGCAACUUUUAAACCGUUGAAGUUAUCUGCCGUUUGCUAAUUGUCAUAAAUUAUUGUUUCUUCAUUUUCGAAAUAACUGAUAUUUUUCAGUCUUUCGAGAAUCUUUUAAAAAUUUCAUAUUGUAGUAUAUGUAGAAAUUCUUGCUCUUAUUCCUGUAUAUAUGAAGGGCUGACCUGAUUCUGUUAGCUCGGUGAUACAUCCAUGCGAUUAAGAAGUGCUUGGCUUCUAUAAGGAUGGGAUCUAUUUUGUUUUUUAUCAUUCACAAUAUUUGCACAUUACCCACAUUACUCUUUUAUUGAAAGUCGAGCUUUCGAAACUGUUUAGUUUCUGUUAAGACAACUAAAAUGUAUUGUAGUUAGUUUUAUGACUUCGUUUUAAUCCGUUUUCUUCCAUCGUCCAUCGUAGUUCCAUUUUUUUCUUGGUCUUCCUACUGAUCGUUUUCCUAUUGGGGAAGCGUCUCUUGUCGUCUUUACUACUUUAAGUGUUUUCAUCUUUGCUGUUUCUAACAUACUUUUUGUCCUAGUUGUUCCAGGUCGUGUCUCGGCCGCGUAUGUCAUUAUUUGUCUGAUAACUGUUUUGUAAAUUCUGCCUUUCAUUUCUUUCCCGAUAUUUUUAUUUCUCAAUAUUGUUUCAUUCAGGCAACCUGCGGCUCUGUUUGCUAUAUUCACUUGAUCUUUCACUUCUGUUUCGAACUUUCCGUAGCUAGAUAAUAUGAUGCUUAGAUAAUUAAACUCCAAUCACUUGUUCUAUUAUCUGACCUUUCAGGUCCUAUUUACAUCUUAAUAAAUUUGCUAUUAUAACCAAUUUUCUGGCAGUUAUUUUAAAUUGGUGCAGCAAGCGUUGUAAUCUUCUAAUCAUGUUUCACUUUGAGGGAGUAGUAUUGCAUCGUCUACAUAGCAGAUUAUUUUAAGUUGUUUUUCUCCCAUUUAGUAUAGUAUUCCAUAUUUUUAGUUCUUACCUUUUUUAUUAUUUCAUCCAUAAUCAGGCUGUACAAUAGAGAACUCAGGGAAUGUUCCUGCCGUAUCCCAUCGCUAGCUUUAAUAGGGUCAGUUAGUUCUUCUGUACUUUUAUUUGUGUUGUUUUGGUAGACUUACAUUAACUCUGCAAAUAGUUAUUCCACUCGUAUUUUGGUAAUGUCAAAAUUGCAUUUGUAAAGUCAUCGACCGUAUUUUCUGACGACUGUAACCUAUGACCAUGUCCUUGAUUUUUAGGAAUGUAAGAAAUGCGUCGGGAUUGUGGGGGGAGGGGAUAAUUUAACAAUUCGAUGUUUUUAAUUGUCUUGCAAGCUUCCAGAAAUCGUCGUUUGGGAUUGGAGUUUCGAAGCUCUGAGAUAACUGCGGCAAAUAAAUGAUUAAAUAUUUUAUAUAUGGAAAUAACCACAAUUAAUUCUAAUAAAAAUGACUGUUAUUUGUUUCUGGCGUUUCGAUAUUCAAUACGGAAAUCGUUCUGAACAAUUCUUGAAGUAAAAGUUGUAAUCAAUUGAUAUAACCUCCAAAUGUUGUUUCCUCCAAAAUCUUAACAAUUAAGACUUCCCUGGCCUCUCUUUUGGAGAUAUCAGCUAUUUUGACACCCCUACAGAUGAAAACCUUGAAAAGUGUUAUAUCCUCGAUUAAGAUCGAUUUGAUGAUCCCAUUGAUCAUCAAAUGGGUACACCAAUCAGUUGUAACAGUUCUGUAAUCUUCUAGUUGCGGUCAUCUUUUUGAAGAUUUUCAAGAACAGAUGAUUUUUGUCGGAUUUCCCUCAUCUUGGAAAACGCCAAAACAACCGCCUACCGUUUACGUGCCUCAUAUCAAUAAAUCCACUAUUCGUUAUCAGUCGCGAUGUUGAACACGUACACGAUGAGUGUGGAAAUGGUCUUGCGAGUUUUUAACACCGAUUCACGUAAGUUAUCUUGUCUUCUUCAAAAGCGCCAUAUUCAAAGGGAAUAUUUGUAUAAACAAUUCUUUCUGAAUUUUUUUGAAUUGUUGUCUUUAACGUUCUCACUUAUGCCUCUGUUUUCCGAUAAGUCACAUGUUGACAUUUGCAGAAAUUUUCUUGACUGACUAAAUUUUUUAGUGCACCUACUAACACUAAUCACGGUUGAAUUUCAUCAACGAGAAAUUGUCGACUGUAUUUAGUUUAACCAAAGACGAAGAUAAGUUUUUAAUACUGACAUUUGAUAAGUGGUGCACUCUAUUUUACAGUAUGCAAAACAUCAAAACAAGUCUCAUAAUAUCUUAAAAUAUUGUGGUAUCUGUGUACAAGUAUACUCUGAUUAGAGUACACAGUUCAAGUUUAUCAACUUUUGUAAACAAACGUAAAAAUUUAGAAAAUUAUUUGUGAUUUUUCUUUUAGUUUUUAUUUAUUUUUGAAUUGUAUAUAUUAGUUACAGGAUUUUAGUUUUUCAUAUUUUAUUUUUAGUACCUAAUGAUAGUUUUCACUUGAUCAGGUUAAGUUUGAGUCAUUUUAUUGUUACCUGUUUUUUAAAAUACUUCCUUUUAUUGUUACGACCUCGAAGUUUAUCGUGAUUCUCCUUUUUUUAUUAUUUUUAUAUUGAAUGCUAUUUAAAAAACAGGUUUUAAUUGAUUAGACGGCACUGUUUUUAUAAACAAAAAACACGUGGAAAAUUUGUAUUUUACAAUUUUGUAAUAUAUUAUUAACUCAUU